GACGCGGACAGUGACUGAAUUAUUGAAAAUACUAGAAAUUACUUUUAAAUUUGCUAACCACCGUGUUCAGCUGUAAGUGUAAUUGUAGACAGCAGUGGUUUUGUUGUUUCUGUAAUGGGUUUUGUCACCACACACAAGAAAACACAUUUAAAAACCAUAUUUUUGUAAAGGAGUUUUGGAGGGCGCUGCAAAGACUUGAAUAGAUGUACCUGUAACUGAGUGGGCGGGAUGGCAGAAAGUGGAAACUGUGUUAUAGUUGUCCGGCAGGAUGUGCUCGUUCAGUUUCAGGCAAUUCAGUAUGAGACCAAUCUCGACGUUAACAUGCAAAUGGAGCAGUUCUUCCAGCUUUACCAUUGUGUCAAGUCGGUGCAUGUGAAGUUGGACAGCUCUGACCUUGAUGCAGACAGUACAAUCAUCUUGUCGGAUGUCUUUAAGAAGUUUGCUGCUGAUUACAACAGCCCUCUCACUGCUACUGGUCCGAUUACUCCAAAAGUAGAGCACCAAGCGACUACCCAGUCCCCUUCUUCACUACUGGCUACUCACGACUAUUCAAAAGGACCAGUCUUAACACAAAAACCAGCGACUGUAGCCAGUGUCUCAAAAACUGCUUCAGUGGAUGCGGUUAUUCCACAAGUAUUACCCACAGAGCAGAUUACUCCACAAGCAUUGUCAGCACAGGCAGAUGUUUCUGCAGCAUUCCCAACUGAUGCCGUUACUCUGCCGGCAUUCUCUGUGCAGAGUAGCAUUUCUCCAUCUAAACACAUUGAGCAUGGUAUGGAAGAAACAACAUACUUUGAAACGACCAUGUCAGAACACAGUGAUAAUGAAAAUGAUAUGAUUAUGCAUACAACUGGUAUUACAGGACAAGAGUUGAGUCAAAGUGACAUGGCUGGUGAAGUUCUACUUCCUCCUGAGUGUAUAUCCAUUGGCAGCAACACUGACGAUAUGAAGACCAAAAGGCGCAUUAAACACACGGGUCUGGGUAAAAAGCGUGGCCCAUACAGGUCAAAAGUAGCUAGAGGAGUGCCAAUAGUGAAAGAUGCCAUUUUAGAUGAAUCAGAGAUGGAUCAAAAGCCUACAGUAUCAUCGGUUCCGUUCCACCUGGUCACAAAUAUCGGACGGUCAUUAAAGACGGAUGAUACAGAAGAUGAUUUCCUUCCAGAGCUGAAAGCUAGUGAUGAAAUCAUACCCAAGUGCAAGUUUUGUGAUCGCCUAUUUGAUAAAGAGGAACAACUGAACAAACAUAUACAAAUUCAUUCUGGCAUUAAACCUUUCAUUUGUAUUCAUUGUCAAAAGACCUUCACCAGGAGGUCAUCUAUGGUUAGCCACAAGAAAUUGCAUUCAUGUUAUAAUGAUUACAAAUAUGUGUGCGACAUAUGUGGCAAAAGGUUUCCACAGAGAUGCUCUUAUCGCAGGCACAAACUGACCCAUUCACUUGGUGAAACGUCGAUUCAGUCUAAGAAAAUAAUUUCAAAAGAUGACGGUGAAAUGCAUGCGGAAGCGCAGUCCAGCACAGUUUCAGUGGAGAGCCCAGUGUCAACGCUUGAACAGUCAAUAAAGUCGGAACAGAGCAGUAGCUCACCAGAGUCGAAGGAUGAGGAUGCAAUCCAUAAAAGCAAAGAAACGUUUGAACGCAAGUGCAGAUUUUGUGAUCUGGAUGUCGAUACAAAGGAAGAAUUAGCUACUCACAUCUUGAUUCACACUGGUCCAAGGCCCUUUGUAUGCACACAGUGUGAACAGACCUUCACUGAAAGAUCAUCUAUGCUUACCCACAAAAAAUUGCACUUGGGUCCUAAUGCUUACAGAUAUGAGUGCAACUUGUGCGGUAGAAGGUUUGCUAGAGGGACCACACUUGUUCGUCACAAACUUGCACAUACUGGUGAAAGACCGUUUAAUUGCAAGCUUUGUGAGAAAUCAUUUGCAACCAAGUACACGUUGAAAACACAUACACUGAAUGUGCAUUUCAAUACCAAAACCAAACCAGCUUACAAGAAAACAAGAGUUGCUGUUUUUGUACCGCCUGAUUUGGAACAGAAUGGUUCCUCCGAUCUGAUACAGCAGAAUAUAUUGACUUGUGACAAGUGUGGUCAGUCGUUCAAUUGGCACAGUUCUUUGAUCAGUCACAAGAUAAAUCAUCACGGCCUUAGACCGUAUCAGUGCGAUGUGUGUGGUAAGACAUUCCCAAGGAAGUCCGUGCUCAGACUUCACAUUUUCUCUCACUCCAAUUACAAACCUCACACCUGUGAUGAAUGCGGCAAACUCUGCUCUACAAGAUCAAGUCUCAACUGGCAUAAAAAAACACAUUCACAUGACCUUCCAUUCCCAUGUGAAGUUUGCGGCAAGUGUUUUAAGUUGAAGUCGUAUGCCAAUAAUCACAUCAAAAUACAUAGUUCUUCCAGAGAGCUCUUUGAAUGCUCGGUGUGUUCAAAGACCUAUGCUACAAAAUCAGGACUUGAUGCUCAUAAUCUCAGACUUCAUGCCAGUGAAGACGACCGUAGGAAGAAGGAAUACAAAUGUCAGUGGUGUCCUUUUGUUUGCUAUGAUCGGAAUUACCUUCACAGGCAUUCUGUCACCCAUACAGGUCAGAAGGAUCACAUGUGCGAGGUCUGUGGGCGAGCAUUCUCAUUUGAAUAUUCUCUCAAACGACACAGGCUGAUGCAUGUAAGUGUUCGCAAUCACCAGUGUCCUAUGUGUGACAAAAGUUAUUUUAUUAAAUUUGACCUACAUCGCCAUAUGAAAAUGCAUUCUGAAGAACGACCAUACCAAUGUGAGCAUUGUGCAAAGUGCUUCAAAACAACAGAUUGUUUGAGCAGGCAUAUCAAAAAGGUACAUACUAAAGACAUUGCAGUGUUUGUUUACUAAAUUACAUGUACUACAUUAACAACAUAGGUCAUUCUUGAAAAAAGAUGCACACUGAACACAUUACAAUGUACGUACGUACAUGUUUAGUAUGUUUAUCAAGUGUAGGAGAAAGUACAUUUAGAAACCCUGGUAUGUUUGAUUAAUACACACUUAAACCAAGUACACUCCAAAAAUAUAAAUGUUUGCCCGAGAAUAAAUUUUUAAAAAGAGCACAUUAUAUACAUGUAUAUAGUGUUUUGGGCUUCUUCUUUUUUUGGUGGUUUUUUUGUGCUAAAUGUUUGAGCAGAUAUGCUUUACUUCUGCUGCUGAGCGAAUAAUAUAUGUUUAACAUGUUUUUGUACAUACAUUUUAUAGUCUUACUGUUUUUCACCCAUGGAGUUUUGAGUGAGAGGAAAAGUACAAUAUUUUGAACCAAAUUUUGUUAUACACUAUGAAUCAUUGAAUGCAAAUGGAAUAUAUAUGUAGUAUUUACUGUCAGAAUGUGGAUGUGAAAUCAUGCAUCUGCAAUAACCUUGAAAGUCCAUUUCACCAGACUUAAUAUUAGUCUUCUACUGGUAUGAUGUCAUAGCUGUAUAUAAAAUCUACAUGUAGCAUAUGUCGGAAAUAAAAAUCCUUUAGUUUCGGGUGUUACAGUAUAUAUCAUUACUUGAAAACUUCUCAGCUUCUUCAGGCCUUAAACUUAAGAAUUUAUCUUCCAUUGCAAUUUAAAACAAAAUUGCCAUGGGUGAAACGGCCCACUGACGGCAAUUUAAAACCUGCACACGGCAAUUUUUAAAAAGAGAUACUUUUGAAGCAAACAGAUGACUGCAAGAUUAUUUUGCUGUAUGAAGACAUAUUUUAAAUAUACUAAUGUUAUAUACUGGUGGAUAAUGUACACCAGACAAACAUUUUGCCAUGAUUAAGGAGCUUUACUGAUGGUACUUUUUUUAUCAUCAGUGAUGUCCCAGACCUACGGCAAUUUACAUCUCAGCAGCGGCAAUUGCUGUCAGUGCCGUCAUUAUUUUCGAGCUCUGUUCUUGUUCUUUGAUGAAAAGCUCAUACCUUGUACAGUUAGUAAUUGCGUACUUCGAAAGAUCCUGCAAAGUUUUCAGGAUUUGUUUUUUGUUCAGUGUCAUUUUCAUUCCUGAUGUGUGAUGAAACAUGGUUUAAUUUUAACCAAAUAUACAGUAGAUAAGAAACUAAUUUGGUUUGUUGUAGCUUGAUAUCUCUACCCACCCCAACACACACACACACACACACACACACACACACACACACACACACACACAUUAAUUCCAGUGGUAGAUUAGUGGUGUGGGUAUUUUGUUUCCUAUUUUUUUAAAAAUGGGACAAUAAUAAAAUACAGGUAGUGUGUAAAUGAAAUGUUGAGUGAUACAUGUGUCUUCAAUAAUCUCUUUACUUUUGCAAUUUUUUUUUUUUUUUAAAUGAAGGAGAAAAUGGUUAUAAGCAACAGAAUAUAUUAAAAGAUAUUUGGUUACAAGUUUCCAAAAUUAAUCAUUGGGGAGGGGUGGGAAGGAAGUAUUAUUUUAUAUGGGGUGAAUUUUAUUUAUACAUACAGUAUUUAGUUAUACCACUAGACAUAACUACAUGGUUUAAAAUAAAUUUUAAUUGUUGGGGAGGUAGAUAUUUUUUAAAAAAAAUUCUGGAAUUUUCCCCUCCCCAUUCCCUUAUUUGAUAUUUUCAGAAACCGCCCUUGUUUGACAUAAUUACUCAAGAGGAAAUAUGUUUGUUUGAAAACAGCAUUAUGAUGUGUACGUUAUAGUACAUGUAUAAUACUUAUUGCUGAUUGUUUGUUAAUUCAUACAAAUGUGUUGGCUGAUAUUAUGUUGUUUGCAUGUCAUUUUAAUAUAGUAUAUUAAAGUAUUUCAUAAAGCCAUA